AUGACGAGAAGCCAGCAAGAAGGAACCUCUCGGCAACAAAUGGAGGACAUCACGCCAGAGGAACCAGUACCUGAAGUGGUGAUGCAGGGAGGAACGGAGGAAAGCAUUCUAGCUGCACUGAGGCAGCUUAAGGCAGAAAUGAUGGAGAUGAAGAAGGAACGCGAAAGAGAUGCACUAGAGCUCUCGGCCCUAAGGAGGGAAAAUGCUGGCUUAAGGGAAGAAAUAAGGACACACAUCCCUUCCCAAACGACGCCUUUCAUCCAAGAUCAAGGGGAAUCCUCAGCACUGCAAGACAAAUCAAGGCAAGUCUAUCAAUCGGCAACCAGAGAUGACCGGGACGACCUUGUGAACCGGAGCCCGUUCAUUCACCGCAUUCUGGAAGCCAAGCUGCCCGAUAAUUGGAGAGGGUUGGCAAUAGACAAAUACGAUGGCACAUCCGACCCCGGAGAACACGUGGAUAUCUUUACAACGCAGUUCGCCACAAGCCGGCCCCAUCCCCUAACAUCCUUGGCCCUAGUCAAUAUUCGCCAAGAGAAAGGAGAAUCACUUAGAGCGUUCAUGAAACGCUUUGGCAAAGUGACUCUCUCAAUUCAUAACUUGGAACCAGCAGUAGUUAUGCACCACCUCACAACAGCAUUAAAGCCGGGACCCUUUGUUAAUAGCCUCUGCAAAAAGCCCCCGAUCGACCUAGAUGAGUUAAGGAGUCGGGCUGCGAAGUACAUGCAAAUGGAAGAAUUAUCCGAAUAUCGGAGCCAGGUAUGGAUGGACCAAGGAUCUAACUCAAAAGAUAUAGAAGGAAAGGAGGCCUUUAAAGCAAGGUGGGGGAACGACAGAGGAAAUGAACUUGAGCGACCACCUCGGCGACCGAAGUAUCCGUCCUACACGACGCUCAACACUAAUCAGGCCAGAAUACUUGAUCAAGCAUUGGCCACAGAAAUAUUGAGAAUGCCUAGACGCGCUAACACUCCACCUCGGGCAGAUAAAAGCAAGUCUUGCCGAUACCAUCAGAACAGGGGUCACACUACUGAAGAGUGUACGGCACUAAGAGAUAAAAUUGAAGAAUUGAUUAAAGGUGGAUACCUAAAAGAUUUUGUACAGACAGAUCCCACAAAGCAAUCUAAUAGAGGAAGAGAUCGUCACCCUGAUUCACCAAAGAUAUUCGACCACAAAAAAAUUGAACGACACAGGAGCAGGUCCAAAGAGCCCCCAGCUAGAAGAUUUGAAGAAAAGUACCCAAAAAGGGUCAUUAACACCAUAGCCGGAGGGUUCGCUGGUGGAGGACCUACCCAUUCGGCUAGAAAAAGGCAUCUUCGGCAUGUCUGUUCGGUCAAUAAUGUUUCAUUAGGCAGCAGAAUUCGGAUCCCGCCUAUUACGUUCACUGACGACGACUUUCAGGGAGUCGAUCCGGUGCAGGAUGAUCCCAUGGGGAGCUCGGCCGAUAUCCUAUACUGGAAUACAUUCAAGCAAUUAGGCAUCGCAGAACAAGAGCUCAAAGAAUACCAUGAACCAUUGGUUGGGUUUUCCGGGAAACGAGUAGAGACCAAGGAAUGUAUUGACUUGUAUACCACGUUUGGAUCAGAACAUGAGAGCAAACGCAUAAGAGUCACUUAUCUUCUAGUACACGCAAACACAUCUUAUAAUAUACUACUCGGCAGACCAUCCCUGAACAAAUUGAAGGCCAUAGUGUCCACUCCGCACUUGGCCAUGAAAUUUCCGUCUGAAAGAGGCCGAAUUGUUACCGUCCAUGCUGAUCAAAAAACAGCCAGGGAAUGUUACUUUGCAAGUUUACGCCUUAAACCAUUUCAUGGGAAUAACCGGGAUGUCAACAUUGUAUUCCCUCGGUUGGAAGAAGAGUUGGAUGUUGAACUUGAUCCUAGAAUGGAUGCGGAAUAUCGUGUCGAGCCCAAUGAAAACAAACAAUCCUUCCAACUAGGAGCAAAGCCAGAACAAGUUGCGUAUUUAGGGAUCGGUUUGAACGAACAAGAAAAAGCCGUCCUCCAAAAGAUGCUAGUAAAUAACGCCAAUUUGUUUGCUUGGACAGCCUCGGAUAUGCCUGGCAUUGAUCCAGCAUUUCUUUGUCACCACUUAUCGGUCUAUAAAGGAGCCAAGCCGGUAGCUCAAAAGAGGAGAAAAAUUGGUGGUGGUAGAGCAAAGGCAGUAAAAGAAGAAACCAGCAAACUGAUACAAGCUGGCUUUAUCCGAGAGGUCAGGUAUUCAACAUGGUUAGCCAACAUUGUCAUGGUUAAAAAAGCCAGCGGCAAAUGGCGAAUGUGCACGGACUUCACGGACCUCAAUAAAGCAUGCCCAAAUGACGCAUACCCACUACCAAACAUUGAUAUCUUGGUCGAUGGUGCAGCCGGUCACAAAAUACUGAGCUUUUUGGAUGCUUAUUCUGGGUAUAAUCAAAUACGAAUGUACCCCCCGGAUGAGGAAAAAACAACGUUCAUCACAAAUUCUGCAAAUUUUUGUUAUCGAGUGAUGCCGUUCGGUCUGAAGAAUGCAGGAGCAACAUACCAGCGACUCAUGAACAAAAUUUUUGAAAAACAAGUGGGUAAAUGCAUGGAGGUGUAUGUAGACGACAUGGUAAUUAAAUCCCUCGCAUUGAAGCAACAUCUUGACCACUUAGAUGAGGUAUUCGGAGAAGCCAGAAAACAUGGUAUGAGAUUUAAUCCUGAAAAAUGUACGUUUGGUGUAGCUGGCGGUAAAUUUUUGGGCUUCAUGUUGUCAGAAAGGGGGAUUGAGGCAAACCCCGACAAAUGUAGAGCCAUCUUUGACAUGGCCAGUCCUUGCAAUGUCAGGGACGUGCAACGACUCACCGGGCGGAUCGCAGCCCUUGCUAGAUUCUUACCAGUAAUGGCAGAAAGGUCUCGGCCUUUCAUCGAAUUGUUGAAAAAAUCUCAAAAAUUUGCUUGGUCCAAGGAGUGUGAGGACGCCUUUGUACAAUACAAGCAUGUGCUGGCGGCACCACCUGUGUUGAUUAAACCGACACCAAAUCAGGAAAUGAUUGUUUAUUUGGCUGUAUCCGAUCACACCGUCAGUUCAGUUCUACUUCAAGAAACACCUGAACCGAACCCCGUAUAUUUUGUUAGCAGGACACUCCAAGGUCCUGAAUCUCGGUACCAGUUAAUGGAGAAAGUGGUACUUGCCCUAGUCCAUAUAGCUCGUCGGUUAAGACACUACUUUCAGAGCCAUCGGAUGGUGGUACGUACAGAUUGUCCGAUGGCCAAAAUAUUGAGGAAACCAGAAUUGGCUGGUCGGUUGGUGGCAUGGACAAUUGAAUUAUCUCAGUUUGAUAUCCAUUUCGAGAACCGACGCCCCCUUAAAGCCCAAGUGUUAGCCGACUUCAUCAAUGAGUUCACUAUACAACAUGAUACCAUUUCGGACAUGUGGAAUAUGCAUGUUGAUGGAUCAUCAAAUCAAUUAGACAGUGGAGCGAGGGUAAUUCUUGAAGGACCGAAUGCGUUCGCCAUUGAACAGUCUAUCCGGUUCGGAUUUAAGGCAUCCAACAAUCAAGCCGAAUAUGAAGCUUUACUCGCCGGUCUCAGACUAGCCAGGGAAAUGGGGGUUAAACGCAUUACUGCUUGGAGUGAUUCAAAAGUUGUAACCGAACAAGUGAAUGAUACCUAUCAGAUCAGGGACUCGGUCAUGCUUAAAUAUUACCAGGAGGUUAAGAGAAUAAAAACCGAGUUUGAGGAGGUAUGCAUUCGGUACACACCCCGAAACAUGAACGCACGAGCCGACAGGCUAGCUAGGCUGGCUAGCCAACGGAAACCAGGGCAGCUGCAGAGCAUGGUUCACCAACAAAUCCUCCAACCUAGUAUCACCAAGCAAGAAUGCAUGGACAUAGAAAAUUCAUCUCAUAAUUGGAUGACCCCCCUGGCCCAAUACCUCACUGAUGGCAGUCUCCCGCAGGACGCAGCAGCAGCUAGGAAAAUUAAAGCACAUGCAGCCAAAUACCUUCUUCUCGGCAAAGAAUUGUAUCGAAGAGGAAUUUCCACCCCCAUGCUUAAAUGCCUAGAAGACGACCAAGCUAAGUACGUGAUGAGAGAAAUCCAUGAAGGUAUCUGUGGAACCCAUUCGGGCAGACGAACUAUGGCAGCCAAAGUGCUCAGGGCCGGAUACUACUGGCCAACAAUAACUCAAGACUGUCAGUUGUUUGUAAAAAGAUGCAUUCCCUGUCAACAACAUGGCCCUCACCUGCGCCAACACGUCGAUACCCUUCGGCACAUUAGCGCUCCUUGGCCCUUCGCUAUUUGGGGAAUGGACCUCCUCGGUCCAUUUCCCUUGGCAAAAGGGCAAUGUAAAUUCCUCCUCGUCGCCGUGGACUACUUUACCAAAUGGAUUGAGGCCGAACCCCUAGCAUCAAUCACGGCCCAUAAUGUACAAAAAUUCACUUGGAAAAACAUCAUAACACGGUUCGGUCUCCCUCAUGCACUAAUUAUAGAUAAUGGGCUUCAGUUUGCAAAUCGGCGAUUCAACGAGUUCUUGGCAGGCCUGCAUAUCAAACAUAGGGUUACAUCUGUUGAACAUCCGCAGACGAAUGGCCAAGCCGAGGCUGCCAACAAAGUGAUCUUGCAUGAAUUAAAAAUGAGGUUGGGUUCGGCAAAGGGAGAAUGGGCAGAGAAGCUGCCUGAGAUUUUAUAG